CGUCAUCAGGAUCGAACAAGAUGCCCGAAUUCACGGAGGCGGACACGAUCCGUAUCCUCAUCGCAACUGACAACCAUGUCGGGUUCGAGGAGCGAGAUGCUAUCCGAAAGGAUGACAGUUGGCAAACCUUUGAUGAGAUCAUGAAUCUCGCCAGAACUGAAGAUGUCGACAUGGUUCUCCUCGCUGGCGAUUUGUUCCACGACAACAAACCCUCUCGCAAGUCUCUGUACCAAGUCAUGCGAACUCUCCGACAAAAUGUCCUUGGCAUGAAGCCUUGCCCACUCGAGUUUCUGUCCGAUGCUGCGUCCGUCUUUGAUGGAGCCUUUCCUCAUGUCAAUUACGAAGACCCCGAUAUCAACGUCUCUAUCCCAGUUUUCUCUAUCCACGGAAACCACGACGACCCCUCAGGCGACGGCAACUUUUGUUCUCUCGACCUCCUACAAGCCAGCGGACUGCUCAACUACUACGGCCGAGUCCCAGAGGCAGAUAACAUCGAAGCGAAGCCGAUUCUCCUCCAGAAAGGAUUGACAAAACUGGCUUUAUUUGGACUAAGCAACGUCCGCGAUGAGCGCAUGUUUAGAACAUUCCGUGACCACAAGGUCAAAUGGUUCCGACCUGGCACACAAAUGGGAGACUGGUUUAACCUGUUGGCUGUUCACCAAAACCACCACGCCCACACAGCAACGUCAUAUCUUCCAGAGAAUGUGCUACCCGACUGGCUGGAUGUGGUCAUCUGGGGACACGAGCACGAGUGUCUGAUUGAUCCGACUCAAAACCCAGAGACAGGAUUCCACGUCAUGCAACCAGGUUCAUCCGUUGCAACCUCUCUAAUCCCAGGAGAGGCUGUCCAGAAGCACGUGGCCAUCAUGAGCGUUACUGGCAAGGAUUUCAAGGUUGACAAGAUUCCUCUCAAAACAGUUCGUCCAUUUGUCACUCGGGAAUUGGUUCUCUCCAUAGACAAGAGAUUCAAAGGACUAGACAAGAAAAAGGACAACCGACAAGAGGUGACACGGAGGUUGAUGGAGGUGGUUGAGGAAAUGAUUGAAGAGGCCAAUGCCGAUUGGGAAGCGAUUCAAACCGACGAAGAGGCUUUGGAGGAGCGGCCACUCCCUCUUAUCCGACUCAAGGUCGAGUACACAGCCACAGACGGAGGCUUGUUUGAGUGCGAAAAUCCCCAGCGAUUCUCCAACCGGUUCGUCGGCAAGGUAGCCAACACAAACGACGUCGUCUACUUUUACCGCAAAAAAACAUCCCAGCGCAAGACUACGGCGACCAACCCGACAGAGGCUUUAGAGGCGUUGGCUGAAGGAGACGACUCGAUGAAAGUGGAGUCUCUUGUACAGGAAUUCCUGUCGGCACAGUCACUCCGAGUACUCCCCCAGGGACCAUUCGGUGAUGCAGUGACACAAUUUGUAGCCAAAGACGACAAGCACGCUAUGGAACUGUUUGUGUCUGAGCACCUCACAGGCCAGGUUCGCCAGAUGUUGGGUCUGGAGUCGGAUGAUGAGGACUUGAACAGCGCCAUGGAGAUUUACAGGAACAGGAUUGAACAGGAACAGGCUAGCGAGCCGCGCACAACCCAAAACGAGCGGAAGAGAAUACUCAAACCCAAGCCAGCAGCCUGGGAUAGCGACUUUGAUGGCAACUGGGAGGACGAACCAGAUGCGUGGACGUACGAGGACGGAAGCAUGGCUGUGCAAGAAGAUGAGGAGCCCGCCAAACCCAAGCGAGCGCCCCGAGCCAAAGCAGCCCCGAAGAAGGCCCCUGCUCGUCGUGGUAAAAAGGCUGUUGAGAGCGAAGAAGAGGACGUUGUGAUGGAAUCGGAUGAACCAGCACCUCCACCCAAGACACGACGAGCACCGGCCAAGCCCAAGGCGGCCCCCAAGAAGACUGCAAAGACUGCAAAAGCACCCGCCAAGCCAGCCGCUAGAGCGACAAGGACACGACAGACAAAGCUUGAUUUCUCUCAAAGUCAGGCCGCGGUGGAAAUUAGUGACGAUGAGAUUUCAGAAGACGAUGCAUUUGAGCCGGCACCAACGACUCGAUCGAGGAGGAGAUGAGCGAGAACAGGCCAUAGGAAUAAAAUGUAAAUCAAUGACAGAAGAAAGGUUGUCGCAUUAUUGAAAAUAUCGGCCACAGAAACAGGCGUAUGAAUCCAAAUGAGUGACAAAAAAGUAUCCAAGUAAUUUACCUGUGGAUACUGCAAAAAGAAACAGGCGUAUAACCUGUGGCUGGAUCUCUCCCGCCGGGAAUUGAACCCGGGUCUCAAGCGUGACAAGCUUGCAUACUGACCACUAUACUACGGAAGAUUGCAGGCGUUG